CUUUUUCUCGCUCGCUCUCACCCUCUCGGGAAGCGGAGAAAGUGCUCUGGCGGUUUGUACAUCGGUGGCUGGGGCUUGCGCCGUUCGCUGGCCUUUCCGGCAUCCCGUGCCGUCCCACCGUCCCUUCCCCUCGGCUCGGUCGGAGCUCGGCCAGCCUCUGGAAGUGCGCAGACUUGACUCUCACCCUGGCGGGCUGCUUUUAAGGGGUGUGGCAGGAGGUUUUUGGACUCGAUGAGUUUCUACCGAAAUGUCGGAGAAGUCAGGCCAGAGCACAAAAGCAAAGGAUGGGAAAAAGUAUGCAACACUCAGUCUGUUUAAUACUUACAAGGGAAAGUCACUGGAAACUCAGAAGAUAACAGUUGCAGCUCGACAUGGAUUACAAAGUCUUGGAAAAGUUGGUAUUUCACGGCGUAUGCCUCCACCUGCUAACCUCCCGAGUCUUAAAGCAGAAAACAAAGGCAAUGAUCCUAAUGUGAAUAUUGUGCCUAAAGAUGGCACUGGAUGGGCAUCAAAACAAGAACAGCAUGAAGAAGAAAAAGCACCAGAAGUGUCUGCAGCACAGCCAAAACCUGGGGUUGCACCUUCCCCAGAAGUAGCACCUGCUCCCAAAUCCUGGGCCAGUAACAAGCAAGGUGGGCAAGGAGAUGGAAUCCAAGUGAAUAGUCACUUUCAGCAAGAAUUUCCCAGCCUGCAGGCAGCUGGAGAUCAGGAAAAGAAAGAAAAGGAAACAAAUGAUGAAAAUUAUGGACCGGGACCCAGUUUACGCCCACCAAAUGUUGCCUGUUGGAGAGAUGGUGGUAAGUCAGCUGGUUCACCUUCUCCAUCUGAUCAAGAUGAAAAACAAGUUGGCCAGGAUGAAAACACAGCUAUAACAUCAGAACAAAGUGACAUCCUCAAAGUGGUGGAAAAGAGGAUAGCUUGUGGUCCUCCUCAGGCUAAACUGAAUGGACAGCAGUCUGCACUUGGUUCCCAGUAUAGAGCUAUGAUGCCUCCAUAUAUGUUUCAGCAGUAUCCAAGGAUGGCAUAUCCUCCUCUACAUGGUCCUAUGCGGUUCCCACCUUCCCUAUCUGAAACAAACAAAAGCCUUCGAGGAAGAGGUCCUCCUCCUUCAUGGGCUUCUGAGCCUGAACGCCCUUCCAUACUUAGUGCAUCAGAACUAAAGGAACUUGAUAAGUUUGAUAACCUAGAUGCUGAAGCUGAUGAAGGUUGGGCAGGUGCUCAGAUGGAAGUAGAUUAUACAGAACAGCUGAACUUCAGUGAUGACGAUGAGCAAGGAAGUAGUAGUCCUAAAGAGACUAGCAAUGAGGAUCCAGGUUCCAAAGCCUCUGAAAACACUGAAAACCGAAAAGAAACUGAUGAAGCUGCCAACACUAAAUCAUCAUCGCAGAUCCCUGCCCAGUCACCAGUAGCAAAAGGUCCCCAUGGGAAAGGACCUCCAUUUAACCAGGAACGUGGACCGUCCUCACACCUGCCACCACCUCCAAAGUUGCUUGCCCAACAGCAUCCACCUCCAGAUAGACAACCAGUACCUGGAAGACCAGGCCCUUUCCCUCCUAAGCAGCAAGUGCCUGACGAUGAUGAAAUAUGGAAGCAGAGACGAAGGCAACAGUCUGAAGUUUCUGCAGCAGUGGAACGUGCUCGUAAACGGCGUGAAGAAGAAGAGCGAAGGAUGGAGGAGCAAAGGAAGGCAGCCUGUGCAGAGAAACUAAAACAACUGGAUGAGAAGCUGGGCAUUGUAGAGAAACAGCCCUCUCCAGAAGAAAUUAGAGAAAGGGAGAGAGAAAAGGAACGGGAGCGUGAGAAAGAACUUGAACAAGAACAGGAGCGAGAGAGAGAGCGGGAAAAGGAAAGAGAGAGGCAGCAGGAGAAAGAACUGGAGAAACAAAGAGAAUUGGAGAAGGAAAGAAAACAAGAAAAAGAGAAAGAACUAGAACAGCAAAGGGAAAAGGAAAAGGAACAACAAAAAAUGAAAGAACAGGAAAAAGAGUGUGAGUUGAAGGAAAAGGAAAAGGUAGAGGAGAAAAUUGAAUCCAACGAACCUACUUUAGAGCCUGUGGCAGAAAAAGAAAGUGAAAACAUCUGUAACAAAGAGGAGGAACCAGUUUUUAGUAGACAAGACAGCAAUCGCAGUGAAAAGGAGGCAACGCAGGUGGUGCAUGAGGCAGAGCCAGAGGCAGGGUCUCAGCCUCGACCUACUGUGCUAUCUGGCUAUUUCAAACAGUUCCAGAAAUCACUGCCACCACGGUUUCAGCGGCAACAGGAGCAGAUGAAACAGCAGCAGUGGCAGCAGCAGCAGCAGCAGCAGCAGCAGGGUGUGCUUCCACAGACUGUUCCAUCCCAACCGUCUGGUAGUGCAGUCCCUCCUCCUCCACACAGACCUCUUUACCAGCCCAUGCAGCCUCACCCUCAGCACUUGGCUUCCAUGGGCUUUGAUCCAAGGUGGCUCAUGAUGCAGUCCUACAUGGAUCCUCGCAUGAUAUCAGGAAGACCUGCUAUGGACAUCCCACCCAUUCAUCCUGGAAUGAUUCCUCCUAAACCAUUAAUGAGAAGAGACCAGAUGGAGGGAUCCCCAAACACUUCUGAGUCAUUUGAGCAUAUAGCUCGAUCUGCGAGGGAUCAUGGCAUUUCUCUUUCUGAGCCCCGCAUGAUGUGGGGAUCAGAUCCCUAUCAUGCUGAGCCUCAGCCAGCAGCUACCCCCAAGUCAGCUGAAGAACCCGAGGAUGCAAGGCCCGACGCUGCAGUGGACCAGGAGCAGAUUACUCCUGCUUAUCCUGGAGAACAUAGUCAGGUGGAGGCUCGUCCAAAAGCAGACAUUGUCAGAGAACCAACUGAGACAGAAGUACAAAAGUUUUUAAGCAGAUCUGUGGAAGAUGUUAGGCCUCACCAUGCUGAUGCAAACAGUCAGUCUGUUGGUGGUUUUGAGGUAACUGACCACAAGACCUCAUCUACUCCUUCCGAAGAGCGGGUUUCCACUCUAGAAAAUCAGCCUAUCCGGAAAAGAAGUGUUUCCCAUGGAUCUAACCAUGCCCAAAAAUCAGAGGAGGCAAGAACUGAGCUUUCUGUAAGCAUUCCUAAAGUAACCAGUAGAUGUACUGAUUUGAAAGAACCAGUAGAGAGGGUGGAAGAGAAGCCAAGAAAGGAUGGCUUUAUACGGUCUUCUGAAGGACCAAAACCAGAGAAGGUGUAUAAGUCUAAGUCAGAAACUCGCUGGGGCCCAAGGCCAGGCUCCAGCAGAAGAGAAGAAGGUAAUGACAGACCCAUGAGAAGAUCAGGUCCUAUUAAAAAACCCAUACUUAGAGACAUGAAAGAAGAACGGGAGCAGAGGAAAGAGAAAGAAGGAGAAAAAACUGAAAAAGUCAUUGAAAAAGUUGUUAAGACAGAAAAGAAAGAUCUCCCUGCUCCCCCACCUCCUCCAGCACAAAUUCAGCUGCAGUCACUCCCGACACAAGUACCACCAGAACCAGAGAAAGCUCCACCAGCAGAAACCUCCACCUCGGCUCCAAAGCCAUCUCCAGAUAGCGAGAAGCCUUUGGAACCCAUGACUAGUGUUCAGGUAGAGCCUGCAGUGAAAACUGUAAACCAACAGUCUGUUGUAGUGCCCACAUUCAAAGAUGAAAAACAGCCUGAGAAGGUCAUCAGCAAAGAUGUUACAGAGAGACCUCGCCCAGAUCCAAGACCUGCAGUUAAAAAAGAGUCAACUGUACCCCCUAGGACCUAUUGGAAAGAAGCUAGAGAGAGAGAUUGGUUUCCAGAUCAAGGAUACAGAGGUCGAGGCCGAGGUGAAUAUUACUCCAGAGGUCGAAGCUAUCGUGGAUCUUACGGAGGUCGAGGCCGGGGCGGUAGAGGUCACACUCGAGAUUAUCCUCAGUAUAGAGACAAUAAGCCAAGAACAGAACAUGUCCCCUCAGGACCUCUCAGGCAGCGAGAAGAAAGUGAAACACGAAGCGAGAGUUCUGAUUUUGAAGUUGUCCCCAAGAGAAGACGACAGAGGGGUUCAGAAACUGACACAGACAGUGAAAUUCAUGAAAGUGCAAGUGAUAAGGAUAGUUUAAGCAAAAGCAAACUUCCCAAAAGAGAUGACCGGCCUGAAAACAAAAAGGCUGUCAAGCCUCAGUCUUUUAAGCCUGAAAAUCAUGUUCGAAUAGAUAGUAGGCCACUAGAAAAGUCUUACAUACGGGAUGAUGAUAAAUCUAAACCAGGCUUCCUUCCUAAAGGGGAGCCUACAAGACGAGGCAGAGGAGGAACAUUCAGACGGGGUGGAAGGGAUCCAGGAGGCAGACCAUCACGCCCUGCCACAUUGCGAAGACCUUAUCGAGAAAAUCAGUGGAACCCAAGGCAGUCAGAAGCUCCUAAACCUGAAGAUGGAGAGCCACCAAGAAGACACGAUCAGUUCAUUCCUAUGCAAGCAGAUAAACGACCUCCAAAAUUUGAGCGAAAAUUUGACCCAGCUAGAGAGAGGCCCCGAAGGCAGCGUCCUACACGACCACCUAGACAAGAUAAACCUCCUCGAUUUAGACGGCUAAGAGAGAGGGAGGCUGCCUCAAAGACAAGUGAGGUAUUGGUGCCCACAAAUGGCACAGUUACAGUUAAUAAUAAUGUGGUUCAAGAACCAGUUAAUACAGCUGGAGACAUUUCUGGGAAUAAGACACCAGAUCUGUCUAAUCAGAACUCUUCAGAUCAGGCAAAUGAAGAAUGGGAAACAGCAUCUGAAAGCAGUGAUUUUAAUGAAAGACGUGAGAGGGAUGAAAAAAAAAAUGCUGAGUUGAGCUCACAAGCAGGUGCAAAAACUGGAGAGAAUGCCCUGCCACCAAAGAGGGAAAUAGCAAAGAGAAGUUUUUCUAGUCAGAGACCUGGUAUAGAUCGCCAGAAUCGGCGUGGCAACAACGGUCCACCCAAAUCGGGAAGGAAUUUCUCAGGCCCUAGAAAUGAAAGACGAAGUGGUCCACCCUCAAAAGGAAAGAGAGGGCCAUUUGAUGACCAGUCUGCAGGCACAGCCGGUGUGGACCCCGUCAGUGGUAACUCGGCUCACCACCAAGAGGGAGCGCCUAAUGGUACAGGGCAAAAGAAUUCUAAGGAUGCUACUGGGAAGAAGAGAGAAGAUACCAAAUCAGGUCCUAAAAAACCCAAAGAAAAAGUAGAUGCCCUGUCACAGUUUGAUCUCAACAAUUAUGCAAGUGUUGUCAUUAUAGAUGAUCAUCCCGAAGUAACUGUAGUUGAAGACCCCCAGUCAAAUUUGAAUGAUGAUGGUUUUACUGAAGUGGUAUCCAAAAAGCAACAAAAACGUUUACAAGAUGAGGAACGCCGAAAGAAGGAAGAACAAGUCAUACAGGUCUGGAGCAAAAAGAAUGCAAAUGAAAAGGGCCGAAGUCAGACUUCAAAGCUUCCUCCAAGAUUUGCCAAAAAACAGGCUACAGGUGCCCAGCACGCCCAGCCUUCAGUGUCAGCCCCGGCUCCAGUCUCCACCUCAGCACCGGUUCUAGCUUCAGUGGCAGCUUCGCCUUCUGCCUCCAUCCCAGCUCCGAUCACAGUUCUAGUGUCAUCUACAGCUCUAGUUCCAGCUGCUACCUCAGUCCCAGUUCUAACCUCUGCCUCAGUCCCAGCUCCACUUCCAGCCUCAACCACAGCCCCAGUUCCAACUCCUUCUUCAGCUGCAGCUACAGCCUCCUCUUCACCCCCAGUCCCAGCCCCAGCCCCAGCGCCUGUCCUUGUCUCAGCCUCACCUCCAGUAUCUGUUCCUGUUCUUGCCACCUCCUCCAUUACCAUCCUUGCUUCAGCCUUGGCACCAGCUUCAGCUUCUCCAGCCCCAGCAGCCUCAACUUCAGCUGUGCCAACUAUGUCAGCCCCAUCUGCCCUAACCUCAGGCCCACCAGCCUCAAUUCCACUUGCCCCAACCUCAGCUGCGGCCCCAGCCCCAACUGCGGCCCCAGCCCCAGCUGCUGCAAUACAGACUCAGCCACAGACCCACAAACCAGUCCAGACUCCACUCCCACCCUCCACACAAUCUUCAAAACAGCCACCACCUUCAAUUAGACUGCCUUCAGCCCAAACACCUAAUGGCACUGACUAUGUAGCUACAGGGAAAUCCAUCCAAACCUCCCAGUCACAUGGAACGCUUACAGCUGAAUUAUGGGAUAACAAGGUGGCCCCUCCAGCAGUGCUAAAUGACAUCUCUAAGAAAUUAGGGCCUAUUAGCCCACCGCAGCCACCUUCAGUCAGUGCUUGGAAUAAGCCCUUAACAUCUUUUGGAUCAUCUACUUCAUCAGAGGGUCCAAAGACUGGUCAAGAGAGUGGAGUUGAAAUUGGAAUUGACACAAUUCAGUUUGGUGCUCCAGCUUCAAAUGGGAACGAAAAUGAAGUUGUUCCUGUGCUUUCGGAAAAAUCUACUGACAAGGUUCCUGAACCUAAAGAACAACGGCAGAAACAGCCACGGGCAGGGCCCAUCAAAGCUCAGAAGCUUCCAGAUUUGAGUCUUGUAGAAAACAAAGAACAUAAACCUGGUCCCAUUGGUAAGGAGCGGUCAUUAAAACAUAGGAGAGGGAAAGAUGCCCAGCAGGUGGAGCCAGAAGGACAAGAGAAGCCAAGCUCUACUUCCAGCAGAGGCAAUGAUCCAGGCACAGCAAAGGAAGCAAAAGCGGGCUCUGAAAUGUCUGCAGAAAUGGGAGCUAUGAUCUCAGUGUCGUCUGCAGAAUAUGGCACUGAUGCGAAGGAGUCUGUCACAGACUAUACUACGCCUUCUUCUGCUCUGCCUAGCACAGUGGCCACUAAUAGUGCAAAGAUGGAGGACACUUUGGUUAAUAAUGUCCCCCUGCCCAACACCCUGCCCCUCCCUAAGAGGGAAACAAUACAGCAGAACUCCAGCCUAACUUCAGUUCCUCCCACUACUUUCAGCCUCACCUUCAAGAUGGAGUCUGCACGCAAGGCAUGGGAGAAUUCUCCUAACAUAAGGGAAAAGGGGUCUCCAGUAACUUCCACAGCACCUCCCAUUGCAAGUGGAGUCAGCAGUAGUGGCAGUGGACCAAGCCCUGCUAAUUACAAUUCAUUCUCCAGUGCAUCAAUGCCUCAGAUUCCUGUGGCCUCUGUCACUCCUACAACAUCAUUAUCAGGAGCCGGUACAUACACUACCUCUUCCUUGAGCACAAAGUCUACAACCACCUCGGACCCUCCUAAUAUCUGUAAAGUGAAACCCCAGCAGGUGCAAGCCAGUAGCUUGCCUUCAGCUAGUCAUUUCUCUCAGCUCAGCUGUGUACCACCUCUGAUCGCCCAGCAGCAACAGAGUCCACAAGUCUAUGUGUCUCAGUCUGCAGCAGCCCAAAUCCCAACCUUCUAUAUGGACACAAGUCAUUUAUUCAAUACUCAGCAUGCACGAUUGGCUCCACCAUCACUGGCUCAGCAACAGGGCUUCCAACCUGGUCUCUCUCAGCCCACUUCUGUUCAGCAGAUUCCCAUCCCUAUCUACGCACCACUGCAAGGGCAGCAUCAAGCUCAGCUGAGUUUGGGGGCUGGGCCUGCUGUUUCCCAGGCUCAGGAAUUAUUCAGUUCUUCGAUUCAACCAUAUAGAUCUCAGCCAGCAUUUAUGCAAAGCAGUCUAUCACAGCCAUCUGUGGUCCUUUCUGGUACCGCUAUCCACAACUUUCCAGCUGUCCAGCACCAGGAACUAGCCAAGGCACAGUCAGGCCUUGCCUUUCAACAAACUUCGAAUACUCAGCCUAUUCCUAUACUAUAUGAACAUCAGCUGGGGCAGGCGUCAGGACUGGGAAGUUCCCAACUGAUUGAUACCCACCUUCUUCAGGCUAGAGCAAACCUUACCCAGGCCUCAAAUCUUUAUUCUGGACAAGUACAACAGCCUGGUCAGACAAACUUUUAUAACACUGCCCAAUCACCGAGUGCUCUCCAGCAGGUAAACUAUGGCAUGGUUACAGUACCUUUACCAGCCUCCCAGCUUUCCUUAACUAACUUUGGAUCUACAGGGCAGCCUCUGAUUGCCUUGCCUCAGACUCUUCAGCCCCAGUUACAGCAUACAACCCCCCAAGCACAGGCUCAGAGCCUGAGCCGUCCUGCACAAGUAAGCCAGCCUUUCAGAGGAUUGAUGCCUGCUGGAACACAGCAUAGCAUGAUGGCCACCACAGGAAAAAUGUCUGAAAUGGAAUUAAAAGCCUUUGGGAGUGGGAUUGAUAUCAAACCAGGCACACCUCCAGUCGGCGGUGGAACCACCACACCUACAUCGAGUCCCUUCCGGGCUACUUCAACAAGUCCAAACAGCCAGUCCAGCAAAAUGAACAGCAUUGUCUAUCAGAAGCAGUUCCAGUCAGCCCCUGCCACUGUGAGAAUGACACAGCCAUUUCCUACACAGUUUGCACCCCAGAUUCUCUCUCAGCCUAACCUGGUCCCUCCAUUGGUAAGAGCCCCACAUACUAACACCUUCCCAGCGCCUGUUCAGAGGCCACCAAUGGCAUUGGCCAGUCAGAUGCCUCCUCCGCUGACCACAGGCCUCAUGAGCCAUGCUCGUUUGCCACAUGUAGCCAGGGGUCCUUGUGGAUCACUAUCUGCAGUCAGAGGUAAUCAGGCCCAGGCUGCGUUGAAGGCUGAACAAGACAUGAAGGCAAAGCAGAGAGCAGAGGUUCUUCAGUCCACGCAACGGUUCUUCUCUGAACAACAACAGAACAAACAGAUAGGAGGCAAAGCCCAGAAAGCGGACAGUGAUUCAAGUAAACCUCCUGAAACACUGACUGACCCUCCUGGUGCGUGUCAGGAGAAAGUAGAAGAAAAGCCACCCCCAGCACCCACCAUAGCCACCAAACCUGUUAGAACUGGACCAAUCAAACCUCAGGCAAUCAAAACCGAAGAAACAAAAUCUUAAAGGCUGUGGCUUAUUGCAGGGCUUUGAGGGAAGGGAGACACAGGGAAAAUGAAGUCAAAUAAUGCCAGCAGUGACAAGGGUAAUAUGGUCUGUGGACAUUAUCCUGUCUGGAGCCUGGAGAUGCACAAGGGACGUAAGAACAUUUUCUACUGACACAGCUGCUGCACCAGUUACAGUGAGGCUUUGCCAGCUUACAUCUACCUAACAUCUACUUGGUUGAUGGUCGUGCAUCUUCCGUCAGAGUUCAGCAAGUUUCUGCAUAGAGUGUAGACCUAAAAAUCUUUAUGGUUAGACAAAACACCAGAAAUAGGAGGAAAAUAAUGCCACUGAGGAGGAGCUCAGCCUGGCCAGCUGGGUGAUCCCAGAUAAUCCAUCUGCUGUGGUUUCUUUGUUUCCUUUCGUUCUUUAGAUAUGGUGAUGGCAUUGAUAGGCUGGGGUGAGCUGAAGAUAACUGGUGCUGGAUAAAGGAGCCUUAUUUUUUAUUACGGCAGCUUGCUAUUUUUGUAAGGUGGUGAUUGGGUUGAACACAAUCAAAGUACAGUAGUAACUGAUCUUCCCUUCCUGGAUGAAUGAGCAGAUGAUUCAAUAUUGAUGUCAGCAUCCACAUGAGCAGUGUUUGGGUGCUGCUGCUGUUUGAAGUGAUGCUGUGUUUUGAUUGUGGUCCGAAGCUUUGAAGCACUACUUGGCCUCCCCUCUCUUCCUCAGAGCUCUCAUCAUUCAGACGUGACAGAUUUGCUAAAUGGUUGCUAGCUUGAGUCUUGCUUACCUUCAUUUGGUCAUCUUUGUAUGAAUUCAAUGGUUACGGAGUUUUGUUUCAUGGGGAAUUUUUCCUGGUUUUUUUUUUUUUUUUUUCCUCACAACGGUUUUUAGCUAAUGUUCAUGAUGAGAACAAGCACUUAGAGCUGUGCCACUAACGAAAGGAAAUCCUGUCUAAGCGUGCAUUUCUCUACAGAGCUGUGUCGUACCAUCCUUUGGGCCCUCUGCUGGAAAAGUAGAAUCAAGUCUCAAAUAAUGCCUUUUAAAUUGUAUCCUCUAGUAUUAUAGAUGUAGGACAGUACUGUAUCAUCCCUCUGUGAAUGUAGAAUAUCUUGUACCUGCUUUAUGAUGCGUAGUAGUGACUGUGCUUUAUUGGAGCUGUGUGUAAUGAUGUUACUCUAGAAUGUUUUCUUUCCAGAUGAUGAUGGGGAAGCUUAAAAAAACAAAAACAAAAAAAUAAAUAACUGGUGCCAGGUACCAUAACAGUAACAGAACUUGGCUGUUUUCUGGGGUUUUGUUUUUUUACAUUUUUUUUUUAUAAGCGUGCUGGAUGACUCUACAAUUUUGUUCAGACAACUGCAGAACCUGGAAAAGCUGUUGCUGCUAUUGACGCAUAACAUACUGCUAUUAUUGGUCUUUUUAUAUAAAUAUAAAUAUAUAUACAUAUAUAUAUAUAUAAUUUGAAUUUUUGGAAACUUUAGCUGUGCUGUCAACUUUGGAAAAAAAUCCCUGUUUACCAUGUUGAGUUGGCAUUGUACAGAAAUUAACAGCCAUAUUGGUCUAGAAAUGUUAAACUUAAUUUUUUUCCAUUUGUACAGGGGUAACGCACUGUAUUAAAUAUAUAAGGUCUUAUCUACGUGGGUUUGAUUACAGAAACUAAUAAAGUAUUCUCUAAAUAA